CGGACGCAUCAAAGCAGGCCCCGCUAAUCCUUCGUGUCUUUCUCACUCCUUUGUAUUCUUUCUCAACAAUGGUUGCUCCACCCACUAGAGAGAGAAAGUUAUACUACAAGACAGGCAAUCUAGAGAUAGAGAGUAGAGAGAGAUAUAGAUAACCCAACCCCGAUGUCUUCAUUCGGGCCUACCCAUUUCAUACAACGCUCUUUCCCGAGUAGUAGUUGCCUUAUUUUGAUCGUACCCCCUUAAGUCAAAAUUUGUCCCUUUCAUAAUAUUUAUGCAAUUCGCUUAGGCUUUAUCUACAGAGAAUCUAAGAGAGAGCGUUGAAGAACUGAAACUCACACAUCUUCAACUUUGGGGUCGGUUUCAUAACUGAUUCAAUUUUGAUGAGUAAACAGGUUUUGACAAGGUGAAAUUUUAGGAAUCGAAGAUGGGUAGUUACAGUGAUAACGAAGAUGAAUUUUUUGACGCCCGUGAGGCGUUUGCUUCAAUGUCUGACUCAGGCUCCGAUUGCUCCCCAGAAGACUGUUCUACCUCUGGUUUUGACUAUGAUUAUUGGGUUGGGAAUAUGGAAGGUGUUGACUCUCGUCGUGAUAAAUUCCUGAGAUUCAUGGGUUUAAAUUCUAAAUGGCUUGUAAACAGAGAAGGAGAAGAGGAGUAUGAAGAUGAUUUCAUUCACGAAAUUAAUGAAGACAAAAUUCUUGUCUCGCCUCAAAAUUCAGACUUUCAAGAUCGUAUUUUGUGUAGGCAGCCAUCAUUGUCUAUUUGGUCAAAUACAGCCAUGGAGUUGAUACCUUCUGGUUUAAAUCGCGUCAAAGUUGGAAAUUGGGAUGAAUCAGGUGAAGACAUAUUGAUAAAAAGAUCAUUCGAUUUCCAUGAAGAUGGUUUAGUAAGGAAUUUUAGUUCAUCUUCUCAUAGGUCAUCACGGAAAGAAGGUGAAACUGUUAAUUUGUUAGAUAGGAGGAAGAAAGUAAAGAAGAAUUGGCUCCAAAAGCUAAGUAUCAUGGCUAGAAUCACAGAUAAACAUGAGGAAUCAGUAACUUUGAAGCCCAAUAACACAAACUCAAAAACCAGUUCAGUUCCUGUACACACACAUAAAAAGAAAUCAAAAGAAUUAUCAUCUCUUUAUGCCACACAAGAAUUUGCAGCACACAGUGGUUACAUCUCAAUCAUAAAAUUCAGUCAUGAUGGUAGAUACUUAGCAAGUGCUGGUGAAGAUUGUAUUAUCCGGAUUUGGAAGAUUUUUGAAGAUCAAGAUCCAAGAAUAUAUGAGAUUCAAGAAACCGAUCCUUCAUCUUUCUACUUUUCAACUAAUCAUCUUUCCGAAUUAGCCCCUGUCAAUAAAGAAAAAUCACGAAAGAUUAAAGGGUUCAGAAAAUCAUCAGAAGUGGCUUGCGUUAUUCUACCACCUAAAGUCUUCAGAAUCUUGGAGAAACCUGUUCAUGAGUUCCAUGGACAUGGUGGAGAAAUCUUGUCCCUUUCAUGGUCUAGAAAAGGGUAUCUUCUAUCAUCUUCUGUGGAUAACACUGUUCGAAUGUGGAAAGUUGGACAUAACGAAUGCCUGAAAAGUUUUACUCAUAACAACUAUGUGACAUGUGUGGAGUUUAAUCCUGUGGAUGAUAAUUAUUUUAUUAGUGGAUCCAUAGAUGGAAAAGUACGCAUCUGGGAUGUGAAUAGUUGUCAGGUUAUCGAUUGGAUUGAUCUUGGUGAUAUUAUCACUGCUGUGUGUUAUAAUCCAGAUGGAAAGGGAAGCAUUGUGGGAACCUUGGAUGGAAAAUGCAGUUUCUAUGAUAUCAUUGAUGAUCGGAUGCAAUUGCAUACUCAAAUAUGGUCAAUGAGUAAAAAAAAGUGGCCAAAGAGAAUAACUGGAUUUCAGUUUUGCCCAAUCGACUCCCGGAAAGUCAUUGUUUCAUCGGCUGAUUCCCAAGUGAGAAUCCUUUGUGGGAUCAACCUCGUAGGUAAAUUCAAAGGGAACAGAAGUUCCGGAAGCCAAAUGUCGGCAUGUUUCACCUCGGAUGGAAAACACAUAAUCUCAUCCGCCGAUGAUUCAAACGUGUACAUCUGGAACCACAUUACCUCAGACAAACUCUUCACAAAACCAAAAAGCAACUCAUCUUUCGAAAACUUCUUGUCACAAAACACAACAAUGGCGAUACCAUGGUGCGGGAUCAAAAGCAUAGCAGCCGCACUUCCAUCGCCAAGAUUCACAUUUAACAACAAUAACAGUAACAAUAACAAUAACAGUAACAGUCACAAUAAUGUUGUUAUUCCAAGAAGCACAAUAGAUUCACCAAGGAUGCCAUCACCAUCAACAAAUCGUGGGUUUUUCUUGGAGUCGUUGUUGAAGGGCCCACCAACAUGGCCCGCAGAAACACUUCCGGAUUCUACUCAAGUAAGUGUUUCGCCAUCAAUGCGUAAAUCAGAGUACAGGUUUUUGAAAAGUGCGUAUCAGAGUACUUUUGUGGCCCCACAUAUGUGGGGUCUGGUGGUGGUUGCAGCAGGCUGGGAUGGGCGGAUUAGAACGUACCUCAAUUAUGGGUUACCCAUCCGACUGUGAAACCUUAAAUUAUGUUUUUUUUUGGUACAUAGAUGUUUUUUUGUUUAUAAGAUUAUAAGACUACAGGUAUACGUGGU